AGCGGGUCCUAAUGCCUGUCACUUCCCAGGACGCUGGCCGCGGCAGCCCGGAGCCCCCGAGCCCUCGGCAGGUUUGCCCGUCCUUCCCCGCGCUCUGAUUGGAUAAAGUGGGUGCUCGACGGUGGCCGACGUGGGACAGUCUGGCUGUGGCAGGGGUCUCGGAAACCAUGGGUUAUUGCAGUGGCAGGUGCACGCUUAUCUUUAUCUGUGGCAUGCAACUGGUUUGUGUGCUGGAGAGACAAAUAUUUGACUUCCUUGGAUAUCAGUGGGCACCGAUCCUGGCCAAUUUUGUACAUAUUAUUAUCGUCAUUCUUGGAUUAUUUGGAACUAUUCAAUAUAGACCUCGUUACAUAACAGGAUACGCAGUCUGGCUCGUCCUCUGGGUUACGUGGAACGUGUUUGUUGUCUGCUUCUACUUGGAGGCUGGGGACCUCUCUAAGGAAACGGACCUUAUCCUGACUUUCAAUAUUUCAAUGCACCGAUCUUGGUGGAUGGAGAAUGGACCAGGAUGUACGGUGACGUCAGUGACACCUGCCCCAGAUUGGGCCCCAGAAGACCAUCGCUACAUCACGGUCUCAGGGUGUUUUCUGGAAUACCAGUACAUAGAAGUGGCGCACAGUUCCCUGCAGAUUGUCCUCGCACUGGCAGGGUUCAUCUACGCCUGUUAUGUUGUGAAAUGUAUCACUGAAGAAGAGGACAGCUUUGAUUUUAUAGGUGGCUUUGACUCUUAUGGCUAUCAAGGGCCACAGAAAACAUCUCAUUUACAACUGCAGCCUAUGUACAUGUCCAAAUAACCAAGAUGACUUCAGUGUGUCAGCCCACGGACCUUCCCAGCACCUUCUCCCUUUGCAGUGGCCUCCUGCAUUUUAUAAAGAGCAAGAAGCCGCUGAGUUUAACUAGAUAGACAUAGUAACACAAACCAAAAGGCCACGCGCGCGCACACACACGCACACACAUGCACGCACACACGAACUUCCACCAGGGCCUGCAGUUCUAAGUGAAACCUACAGGACACGCCCACCUUGGAUUUCCAGAAAGCUGGCUUCGGUCGCCCAGGCCGUGGGAAAGUGCCGCAGGCACGCUGCUGGUGCCCUCUGCAGGCCCUCUGCGACUCCCUCCCUGUCUCUGCGAGCUCCGAAGAGGUCAUCCCGGGCCAAGGACUGCUGUCCUCCAGACGUCCUGACGGCACCACGGCUACUUAGGCAAUGUCAUUGCAAAACCAUGCAAAACACGUCAGAUGACCCUGCAACUCAAGUCCGAAUUGGCAGGUUCUUUGCCCUAAAGGCUGGACCGUACAUGCUUGCCUUAACCCACCUAAAUUGUGCGCCCCCAAAUCUCAGUGCAGACAUGUCCAAACCCCGUCCUGUAGGUUAACACACUGGUGUAAACCCCAAAUCUGCGUGUUUCAUGUCGAGGACAAGACAGCAGCGCUCAGCAGCCGCUGUGUGCCCGUGUAAGAAACCUGCCGCUGUCAGCAAAGUGCUUUACCGGGGAGCCUCCUCCGCCGUGGCCCCAAAGAGACGAUUGCAACAACAGGAGCAACAACAAUAAUUGUCCUCUUUAUCGUUCUUUAAUAUGGUCUUCUAAUGGGGUUUGGGUAGAACGCAGACCACAGAAAUGGCAUCACUCCCGAUUCCAUUUCUCGCACUCCGGGUGCUGUUCGAAGGAUCGACAAAUAAGGUCUUUUACCAACACACGCAACAGUUGUGGAUUUCUAUCAGCCGAGGCCAACUCACCAUGUAUUAGCGAUGUUUACUCUUUUAUAUCUAAUUCAAAUGGAAGACCCGAUGUAGGUGACUUUUUUUUCUAACUUCAGCGUAUGAGAUUAUUUGGGUGGGUGGGGGAGCAGUAGUUACUUGGUGAAAUAUUUGACAUCUCUUUGUGAUAUUUGGGGGAUCUGUUGUGUGUUAGAGUGUAUAUUAAUCCUCCUGUAUUAUUGUGGCAGAAAACUGUGCUGUUAACGUAGUUGGCAACAAAGAUGCCUUUGGAAACUUAAUAGUAGGUCAAUGUGUUUAUGGAAUAUUCUGAACUCCUAGGAAGUUUUGGUCUAUGUUUUUGAGCAUUACUUUGUUUUCAUUAGUGGGAAACUUAAUUAGCUCAGACUUAUCAGGAAUUCGGAUGAGUCUUCUGUCUUUGGAACACCUGAGACGUUAAAAUCGGUCCUUUCUUCUUUUCUUUUUGAUAAACACCUCAUCUUUAAAUGCAAUCAAAUUGGGAUGGAACAAGCUUUGUUUAUUUUUUUUCCCUGUGCAGUCUGUUAUUGGUUAAACUCUUUUGAAACUACCCAUUGAGAUCCACAAAGCCAAUCCCAUUCCUGCGUUUGCAGGGAUGUCUGUGAUACACACACACAGACACAUCUGAAAAUGAUACAGGAACACAAAGUGUCUACGACAGUGAACGCAACACAAAACGUUCCAGAACUCAGGCUUGAGUUUUCUCAGCGGCUUGUACGUUUUGUCCAUACAGACAUGUAUAAAAAACACAAUUGCAAUGUAUCAGUGAAACCUCAGACAAUGAAUGACCUUAUAGUGACAUGCAUGUUCAAUGUGUGAGAAAAUAUUUACCAGUGUAUUGUCCUUUGACUCCUAAAAUAUAAGUACUCGACAUGCCAGAAGCAAUUCUAUAUGUGACUAUUAUAGUGAGGUUUCAUUGUGCAUCUGUGUGAUGAUGAGAUUCCACCUUAUCAUACAUGUGUAUGGAUACAGAUUUCAGCACACAAAAUAAGCCCUCAUAUUCUUGGUUUAAGUUGCAGCCAAGUUACCACCAAAUCACUCCUAUCAUCACCACCAAAAUUUUCAAAACAGUUGUUGACUACUAAAAAGUAAUCCGUGGACAGACCUGUUUGGGAGCAGUAAGCACAGUCGUGUGACUUGUCUGGGAAAACAUCUAAGUAGUACAGCUGCAUCCUCCUCAGAAUCCAGUGAAGAAUGCUAUUUUUCUAGGCUGAGCUUUUGUUAUAAACCUAAUAUUCAGAAGGCAAAAGUUAUAAUCCUGAUGUGUCUUUUUCUUUGCAGUUGUUAAUUCUGAAUGUAUUUUUAACAGAGUGAUUUUUUGACUUAUUAGUGUAAUUUGCAUUUUAAAAAUAAAUGGGAAAACAAUGA